CAAACUCGCUCGCUCCAGGCUCCACCCUGAAACGCUCGUCUUCCGCUCUGCGUUCCAAACCCCGCAUUCCCCUCGCUCUCACUCCUCUCUGACGAGGCCCCAUGGCCGUGGCGGCACGGGAAGGCGCGCGCGGCGGCGGCGGCGACGCGUGGGCGGAGAUCCUGGCCAGCGGCGGCGGCGGCGGUGGGCCUCGCAUUGGCGCGGUGUACGAGCGCCGCCGGGCGCAGGAGGCGUCGAGGCAGAGGAGCGCGGACGCGAGAGGCGGCUUCGCGGCGGCUGUCGAGAACCGGCCGAGCUUCGCGCCGGUCAAGCGGACCAGCUGGAACCGGUCGCUCUCCAUCAGAGGGCGGGAAAGUAUAUUUUUUGCACCCGGGACAAAUCUUCAGCCUCAACAGAAACUCUGCAGAGCACUCAAACGACCACCAAAACCGUGUAACAGAGUGAAAAAACCUCUUGGAGGGCCACCCGACUUGAGUAAAGAAAAGGCUUAUUUUGAAGAAGUCGAUGCUUUUGAGCUGAUGGAAGAGAGCCCUUCGCCCAAGAACUUUGGCACAUGGGCAGGAGGGAUGGAGCAGAGUCUCAUUGUGCAUGAUCUGCCUGCAAUAUUGGAGAGGUGGAAAAUCUUCAAGCUUGCAAGAUGUGCAGCAUCCAAUCAAUUGUUUGAUAUCAUGGAGACCCCACUUAUCCCAUCAGUCAUCAGUAACUGCAGUACAGAAAACUAUCCUGAAAAAGGUUAUAGGACACCUGAAAAAGACAGAGGGUCAGGGAUGCACCCAACAAGAAGGACAAUCCUUUCAGGAUACACUAAUGAGAGUACAAAGAACAUUGCAGGCGAAACCAGCAUUGUCACGUCCUUUAGUGAGCUUAACAUUGAGGAACCCCCCCGCACCAGCAUUCCCUCAUCAAGUGGUGAAGCUCUGACUGCCUUUGCACAACUUCUCAUGGUUUGCAGGCAAUCUGCACCAGCUACUUUAGCAGAUGUUUUUUCUGCUUACUGCAAGUUAGACAGCAUAGUGAAGCUUGGUGAAGGAACUUAUGGCGAGGCCUACAGGGCUGGAAGCACUGUCUGUAAAGUGGUACCCUUCGAUGGGGAUUCAUUGGUCAAUGGAGAGACCCAGAAGAAAUCGGAAGAAGUACUUGAGGAAGCUUUGCUUUGUCUAACACUAAAUAAUUUGAGAACGGACCAGGGAGAUAAAGGAAAAGACCAUUCAUGCGAUGGCUUCAUUGAAACUAAAGACUUUUGGGUUUGUAAGGGACCAUAUGACCCUUCACUGAUUAGUGCUUGGGAAGAUUGGGAUUCCAAACAUGAAUCUGAGAAUGAUCAUCCAAAGGACUUUUCAAACGAUCAGCAUUAUAUUAUCUUUGUACAAGCAGAUGGUGGAAGAGACCUUGAAAAAUUCGCUUUACUCGACUAUAAUGAGGCUCGCAGUCUACUGCUUCAAGUUACUGCCUCCUUAGCUGUAGCUGAGAGUGCCUGCGAAUUUGAACAUCGAGAUUUGCAUUGGGGUAAUAUUCUUUUGGCUCGUGAUGAAAUGUCAAACAAGGAUCAUACAAUGAGCAUCACUCUUCAAGGGAAGAGGAUUCGUGCUAGAACUUUUGGUUUGACCAUCUCCAUAAUUGACUUCACUCUUUCUCGGAUCAAUACAGGGAAUGCCAUUCUCUUUCUUGACCUGUCUGAGGACCCUGACUUAUUUAAAGGACCAAAAGGAGACAAGCAGGCAGAAACUUAUCGCAAGAUGAAACAAAUUACCAAGGAAUGCUGGGAAGGCAGCUUCCCAAAGACAAAUGUCGUCUGGCUAAUUUACCUUGUGGAUAUUGUGCUACAGAAGAAAUACGAGGCGUGCAACUCCACAGACGAGAGAGAGCUCCGGUCGUUCAAGAAACGGCUUUCCUCGUGCGGUUCUGCUAGAGAUUGCCUUGCUGAUCCCAUUUUCAGGGAUCUGCUGUUGGAAGAGGAGAAUGUGCGACCCUCAGCAAUGCCUCCCCUGUAGCGAAAGUGCCUUUCUGCUCCCGAGCUCAUUUGAGCUUGGUGAACAGUAAAAUCGAAAAAAAAUCAAAAAAAUUUCAAAAAUUCCAAAUUUUUUUUUGAGAGAAACAUUGACAAAAGUUCUAAGUGCCUGCAAAAAAUCAUCAUGAAAUCACAUUCCUGUAAGGCGUGGCAAAAAAAAACAAAUUCAGUGCUUCAAAAUGCUUUUGAAAGUAGCUUUUUCAGAGUAUUGUUUUUGUUUUUUUUGCCAUGCCUUCUAGGAAUGUGAUUUCAUGAUGAAUUUUUGCAAGCACUUAGAACUUUGGUCAAUGUUUCUCCCAAAAAAAAUUGGAUUUUUUAUUUUUUUUUAUUUAGUUUUGAUUUUACUGUUCACCCGAGCUCAUUUGAGCUCGGGUGCAGAAACUCCGCGUCCCCCCUGUAGUUGCAUCCCCCCGUCGACUAACCAUUUUGUUGGCUUGGGGUUUAGGGUUUAGGAAUGUGGUGGGCACUAGAGAUCAAACACACAUGUUUGUUCAUCCCCACAUGGCAUGCAAGAGAGCUUGCUGUCCAACUAUGUAAUAUGGCUGCUAUAUGCAGCUGCAACCAUUCAGCAACAAAAUGAAUGUACUUCAGGGA